GAAGUUUGCGUCUGUUUAAAAUUCAAAAUACUUGUAUUUCAUCAUUUCAUUUUACUCAAAAAUUUUAAGUUCCAGCGAAAAUUAUUCCAGGUUAUGCAUUACAUGGUGGUCCCCGGGUCUUCUAAACAUCAAAGGCGCACUUCCCCGGUAGGGGACGAAAGUGGCCGGGAGCUACUCACCACUCAACUAAAUGAAGCCCGAUACAGCAGAAAUAGCGGCAGAAGCACGAACAUCAUGCCGUUAGAAAUGCUGAACGUCCAGGGAGUGUGGGUGCCCCACCAUGUGGUGCCAAUCGUAGGCGAUGGAGCCUGCCUGUUCCGGGCACUCUCUUUUCUGAUCUUCAACACCCAGGACCAGGCCCGGACGGUGCGGCAGCAGAUAGUCCAUCUUGUGACAAGUGAGUGGCAGACAUUCAGCAUCCUAUCGCACGAUUCACGUGGCGAUAACUAUCGUAGUGCCGCUGCCUAUUCAGCCGAGAUGUCACAGCCCUACACCUACGGCAGCCUUUGCGAGCUGAUGGCCGCCGGUAUCAUAUACCACUUCCGCUUUGAGGUCUAUCGCAACGGAAUUCUUUACACGAGUACCGGCAGUCUCGAUCUUCCAGUACGCAGACUAAGAUUCAGGGACAAUCUGUCAGCCGGGCACUUCGAUGCCUACGUACCCAUGGUCAGAGGUGGUAGACGGGCAUCUGCCAUCUGACUGGAUGGAUUUCAUCAAUACAAUGAAAUUACAAGUUCUAAAUGUUAUCUAGGAUAAAAUUAAAAGGAAAGCAGAGUACCAUCA